CCAUGCAGCCAUGACAAUGUAUGUAUAUACAAUGCAAGUUGGCUAUAACGAACUAGCAAAGAAAUAGGAAUGCUCAUAAGUUCCGAAAGAAGAUCGAGACAUCUGAGGUACGUAGGGUGAUGAUACUUACAGCUCCGAUCCAGAUCGAGUGAUCUGAUCAUCAAACAGUUGGUGUGCGUGGAAAGGACACAAUAAUGGGGAGAACGAAGACGGAGAUGUUGAUGACGACGGUUGCGCUGCUGAUACACAUAGAAGCGUCAGUGGUGGAGGCGCUGCGAAUCGACGUGAAAUCCGGAUCAACGAAAUGCAUCAAGGAGGAGAUGCAACUCAACACCAUGACCAUCGGCAAGUACGCCGUCGUCAACCCUUUUAUCGACCACGACGUGCCGGACACCCACAAAAUCACCGUCCGGGUGACGUCUCCAUUUGGGCAGUACUAUCACUAUUCGGUUGAUACAGAUCACGGCAAUUUCGCAUUUACAGCGUCGGAAGAAGGCGACUACACGAUUUGUUUCCGAGCAGCUGAUCACAAACCUCCUUACACUGUUUCCGUUGAGUUUGAAUGGAAGUCUGGCUACGCCACGAUUGAUUGGUCCAAAAUCGCCAAGAGACGCCAGAUUCAAGUAGUGGAAUUCGAGCUCAGAAAAAUGUUCGACACUGUGCUAAAUAUCCACGAUGAGAUGUUCUACCUCCGCGAACGGGGGGAAGAAAUGCAGAAACUGAACAGAGCAACGAACACAAAGAUGGCAACCUUCAGCUUUCUGUCUCUCCUAGUUUGCUUGUCCGUGGCCUGUCUGCAAUUAUGGCAUCUCAAGAAAUUCUUCGAGCGAAAGAAGCUCGUCUGAUUCCAGAAUUUCUUUUAAUUUGUUGCAUCAUAUGAUAUUUUGCUAUAAAUUAUUAAUCACUUACUUCUCAUACAAUCUUGCUAUU